GUUUGUGACUUGCAACGCGUGGAGGCGCGGGCAGUUUCACCGCGUUGCCUGACAGUACUGGUCGCCUUUCCCCUCCAAGCGACCUGGGCCUCAACGAGCCAUUUGUACCUGACUUGUCGCAGCCCUUCUGAAUGGUACCUCCAGCAGAUCCCUGAAAUGCCACCCUAGUCGCUCCCAUGUCUGCUUCCCCGUCGUCCAAGAAGCGCACCACGAAACCGAUUCACGAAUUCUUCAAGCCUUACCUCAGAAACACAGUCCCUGCCAAAAGACCAUCACCGUCGGCCGAGGAGCGAAAGGAGGGAGAACACUCGCGCAGAGAGGAGACAACCACUCCCAAGGCAGAAAAGAGAACCAUCGACACAUUUGCGGCGAGGACGCCACCCUCCUCCGUGCUCUCACCCAGGUCUGCGCCGGGCUCGCGAGCCUCACUGUCCAUUCGCAGCCGAACGUCCCACUCACAAAGUCCGAUAAAGCCUCCUUCAACGUACAAACGCGCUCCCACAUUUGGCGCAGACAUUCUAGAAGAUGAUAUUCCCAAGGGCGAGGCCAACCGCUUCUCUUUUACCGACCUCCCCAGUUCGACGCAAGCUGUCAUUAAGGACGGCAAAGUAAUCGAGGUUCUUGACUCCGAUGAUGACGACGAAGAGUCUUUGGAGUCACUGGAGGACUUGUUUGGAAGAAGGCAAGGUGGGCACAGUACUUCGCCAUUGUCCACCCCCGAGCAUGAGGCCAAGGCUGAGGCUGAGCGCAAAAGGUUGUUGAGUCUGUUCACGUCAGGCAGGUCAGUCCCCCUGGUGGGCAAGGACAAACUACGGGCACUGUAUGCGAAAGAAAGGGCGCACAGGUUUGACAUCAGCGCCUUGAUGGAAGACCACUUCAAUGACGAAGAAGUGGAGAGCAAAGUCAGGGAAGUCCGGGCAGAGGUCGACGCGGCAAAUAAAGCUGCCGGGGCAGACAGCAUACCAACACUUGACAAGACGCUUCUGGCGGCCGUUGCGACAACGGACGACGACGAGCAUAGAGUCGCAAGACUAAUGGACGCUGUGGACCGCACGGAAGCUCUAACAUCUGAAGCGGUCUUCUUGUUCUUCGGAGUCAACGGGCCAAACGACUGGCAUGAUGAAGAUCCGGUUGAAUAUCCCUUCCCCGAAGAUGCAAUCCCAGAGCACCUAUGGCGAGCGGGGGAUAACGAAUCCAGGUCAAGAGCCUAUGUGUCGGGCUGUAUGGCUGACCUCGCAGCAAGACGCCUGAUCUCGGACGGGGCACUGAAUUGGACCUUUGAGAACGUCGUCAUGGAGGAACAGGACGACGUAAGGCAAGCAUAUAUCCGAUGCUUGCGGAACGCAAGCUCAUCCUGGACAAGGAUAAAUAUCCAGGCGCAGGACGUCCAGGCGAUCUUCCAGACUUUAGGUGCUGAUUCCAACAGCCUCCAAGAUUCUGUCGAGAUAAAGCCCAGACAUCGACUCCUGAAGGAGCCAGCGCGGCGUGAUCCGAAAUACCUUCUUGCAGUCCUGGAUGUCUUCCAGGAGAUAUAUGCGGAUAUGGACUUUUUGGCUCUGAGCAAGCUAACUUCUAUAAUCUGUCGGCUCGCCAUCGACAGCGAGCUAACCAGCGAUGGACGAAUUUCCUUGAGCAUUGACGCGUUCCUGGAAAGGCUUCUAUCACUCCCCGACGUGGAAACGCGUUCUCACAUCGCCGAUCGAAUCCUGGCCGACAUGGGCCGGCAUUUGAAAGAUAGUACGCUGCAGGCACAAUUACUCUCUCAUAUCCUACCUACUUCGCCUACCGCGUUGCAGAUACGCAUUCUGCUCGCGCAGGCCUUUCUGCUUGGGGCCAACGACGUAAAGGACAUUGAAUCCAACACUCCCAAGAUUUCACUUCACACGCUGGCUGAGCACGUAUCCAAGUCUCCUGACUUCGAUACGCGGCGCCGAAAAGGUCCUAGCACAAUGGACUACACUGCCCUACGCGCUCGCUCUCACAUUCUCGACAUCGCUAUCUCGGAUGGCGGUCGACCGGCGGAAUUCCCCUCUCGCCCGGAGGAACUCUCUUUCAACAAAUCCGUCGACCGCCUCGCGGAUGCAAUCAAAGCGACCUUUGUGGCGAUUGUCGACACGGGCGCCUCGCACAUGACCCGCACAGAGUGCAAGGACGUUUUGCAAGCGCUGUAUUGGCGGUUGUUAUACAGUGUCAGGACGGAGCUGAGGCCCAAGAGACAUAUCUUUGAUGGGAAGGUGGGAAGACUGAGGGACGCCGAGGAGGUCCAGGUCGAGGAAAGAGGCAAGGACUUUAUGAGCCGGUUUCUGGAGAAAACGAAAGGGAAAUCACGGGAGCGUGAACGUGAGAGGGAGCGGGAGAAGGGAGCUGAGCAGACGGCAGACACUCCGCAAGGGCAUGAAAACGCCCAGAAAGAGCGAGGCGGAGAGGUCCCUCCCACCUCUCCUCCGACAUCAGAGCCUUCAGAGACUGAAAUGUCGAUCCGCAGGCAGCUGGGGCUGGAGAACUAGGUGCAGCUUUCUGCUGAAGGUCCAUGUUCGUUUCGAGCAGUGUGACCCCCUCCCCGGAAGCAGGGCGGUAUGAGAAUUGGGUCGCUGGAUCAUGUUAUUGUUGAGCAAGGCGCCGGGGCGUAUCGACGGGAAGGAAACGGGUUUGACGAUUGAUGCCGCCCCCAAGCCGGAGUCUGAACGAUGUGCAGUUCGCACGACGACUCAUGGAAAUAAGACGACUUUAUACAGAAAAUCUUCAAUACGCUCG